AUGGAUCCCUCCAACAACCCUUCUUCCGUCGAUAGUGCUGCUGCUGCUGCCGAGGCUGUUGCUGCUGCUGCCGCCGCUGUCGAUAGUGCUGCUGCUGCUGCCGCUGCUGCUGCUGCUGCCGCGGUGGCUGUCGGUUCUACUCUGAACAACAACAACGACGACGUCGUUAAUGAUGAUAAUGCCGCCGCUACAAACGCGGUUCCUAACAAUGACGAUCACCAGUCUCAUGAUGAUGUUAGUGCUGCUGCUGCUGGGGAUGAUGAAGACGACAUUGAUGAUGGUGAACUUCCUGGACCUCCAGAAUCGAUUGACCAUAGCAUUGUCCAACCUCCAGCCCCACCAGAACAAUCUUUUGCAACCAUCGAUGAAGCGAAAACUUAUAUCAUGAACUAUAUGGCGCACACCAACACCAAGUUGGUGAUUUAUCGGUCUAAUCGGUCUCGUGGCACCGUCAAUUACCGAUGCCAUAUGAGUAGUGGCGGUAAACAGCAUGGAGAAGAUUCUAAAGACAAGAAUUGCGCGUUCAACGUGUCGAUCAAACACGACCGGUACACCAACCGCUAUCAAUUAUCGGUUCCAUGUCCACUUCAUUCGCAUCCGGUGGCAGGAUACGACCCUUCAAGAAUCAAGUCGUUCGAGGCGGUGGAAACCAUCUUUGAUUUGGUGCACAGUAGCGGGAUUGUCGAUCCUGAAAAAGUCAAGACGGUGGUUCAGUCGAAAUUCGCGAUUUCCCCAGAAAUCGGCGAAAAAGACCAUGACAUUGAGCUCCGUAUUGCGUUGCAAUCAUUUGAUGAUUUGAGUAAAUUGAUUUAUAAGUUGCUUUAUUACGAGAACAUUAGUGAUUUCGAAAGCAUCAAGUUCUUUGUCGCCAACACUUUUAAAGUCUCCGGGCUUUCUGAUGAUACCAUCAGGAACGGUAUGCACCGGUGUUUCAAACUUAAAGCGUUUGUCGAUAAUAUUCUUGGUAAUGCCCCGAUUAGCCAAGUUAAUCGCCUGCUUCUUGAGGCGGCCAACAUGUUUUCUAGCUCCGAAAACAUUGAUCCAGAAAUUUCCAACGCCAUCGUCAAAGAAGAGAAUGAUAAACCCCACGAAAAUCAAUUGCAAAUGCCAUUUUCUUCGAAUGUUCUCAGUCAAGCAAUCGCCCUUUCUUCACUUAGUAACCAUCAACUUGCCAGUACCAUGAUGGAAUCAUUUAAGUCGGCUCGGGAAAAUGUUGGCCCCCAGGGAUCAGCGAUGGAUCCUCACCAACACCAGCACCAGCACCAGCAACAACAACAACAACAACACCAACACCAACUCCCUCACCAUAUUCCUCAUCAUCUUCCUCACCACCUUCCUCACCACCUUCCUAAUAAUAACAAUAACAACCAAAUGACAUCGGCGAACCAAGACUCUAUGGAAAUUCCUCCUCCGGUGGAACAAGAUUUCAAAACCAUGGAAAGUGCAAAGGCGUAUUUGAAGGCUUACAUGGCCGAGACCCAAGUAGGGCUUGUGAUUUAUAAAUCUGGCAAGAAUCGGGGUUACGCAUUAUAUCGAUGCGAGCGUGGGGGUACUCCAGCAGAAAACCUUGUGAAACGUCGGAGUAGUAUUAAGCAAGCCGCGAUCAACGUCAAUGAAAAGGGAGAGACCGUUGAUAGUUUAGGGAAAGUGAUCAAGAAACGGAAUAGACAAUCCCGGAAAUUGAAUUGUCCGUUCAAAGUCCACGUCAAGAUGGACAAAAAAACCAAUACUUAUAAGUUAUCGGUGCCAUCUGCCGAGCAUAACCAUCCUUUGGCUUACAAUAACUUGAAAGACCAUCCGAUCUUGAGAAAACGUACCGAUGAACAUAUCAAGUACAUGACCGACUUGUAUUUGCAAGGGAUGACCAAGCCUCAGUUCCUCAAGCGCAGAUUACAGGAACGGUUCCCUGAUUUGCAGAUCAUCGAUAAAGAUAUUUAUAACGAUAUCCGCAAAAUCAAAAUGAAUAUCAACGCCGAAAUCAACCAGCAAUUAAAAGAAUCGGGAAACGGGUUCCAAGUGCCGAAAUCUGAGAUCGCUACUGAUGCCGUGAUUCCUGCUACUGGUCAUAUGGGAGGUGCCGGAGGAAGUGCUGGGGUCACCCAUAAUAUGAGUUCUGCUGGUCAACAUAUGAGUGUUAGCCCUCAUCUUGGUGGGGCAAACCAUCACCAUCAUCAUAUGGGUUGA